GUUUGUAUAAGUUCCCGAGCAAAUUCUAUGAUAUCGGUUUGUGAAAUAUUGCCAACUUCAUCACUUCCUCGAAGUCGACAAAGUUUACACAGAAAAUGAUUUCUUUAACGAGACUGUGUUCAAAGAAUCCGUAAUGUUCCAGAACAUCCUACUCCUGGCUUUACUGGCUUUAGUAUUAACAUGCUGUCCCCCGAAACAAUGGAGGGGGACUGUUUAUAUUGAUUCAAAUACAAAAACAGCUGAUGGACAAGAAUACCAUACGCAAAUGUCCCAGGACACAGUUGUCGAUGAAAUCAUUCGGAAGGUUUAUGUAAAUCAAACGAUAAGUCUUAAUGGUGGACCUGAAUAUUUACAACAAGUUUAUCAAGAUUUUACCACAGGUCUUCAGUAUGUUAUCAAAGGUGGCGCAUGUUUUACGAUGAAUGUAUCGAGCUCUGAGCCAAGUUGUAUACCAAAAAACGCAGAAGUGGUUUCUAAGUCUUUCAUUGGAUCAGGGAAGACAGCUCUGAAGGCAACAAUGUACCAUUUUACAAGAGAUAACCUUGAUGUACAUCUCACCAUGACAGACGAUGGAUGUAUACCAGUAAUGGUCGAAGGCAAUGGCGUUACACAAACAGGCGAAGAUAUGAAAAUGGCGGCAGAAUACAUGGGAAUAGUGGUGGCACCUAUGAAUGUUUCCAUUUUUGAUAUUCCGUCAAUCUGCAUGAAAUAAAUAUAAAAAGAAAUUUUAAAUGCGUUACUGAAA